AUGCAGGAACCCGCGAACGCCGCGACCAGUAGCCUUCAGCACGCCGUGGUAUUCGAAAAAAGCUACUCCAAGGACCUCCUAGUGAGUCCAGUGCGACGGUAUGUCCUGGCCUUCAUGUCCAGGAGUUCUGAGGACUGGGCUGCCAAUGUGGCCGUACUGGAAGCUGCUGCUCCAAAAUUGCACCAAAAGGCCCACAUGGUUUGCAUUGACAUCGACGUGAAGGAACACGUCUACCUGAUGAAUCUCUUCGGCAUUCGUCCAGAGGACUGUCCCACCUACCGUUUUGCCUUACUGACAGACCGUCUGGUGAAGUACCGUCCCGAGAAUGCGCAGUUCACACCGCAUGCAGUAGCCGCCUUUGCCAAGGCAGCCCGCAAGGGCAAUUUAAAGCCCCAUCUGCUCGGCCAAGAACCUCCCGCCGACUGGGAUAAAUUGACCGUCAAGAGGCUAGUACAACGCACUUUCAGAGACUGUGUCCUGGACCCUAGACAGUGCGUCUUUGUCAACUUCUACGCCCCCUGGUGCGUUCACAGCCAGGCCUUCUCGAGCACCUGGGAGGAGGUGGCGGCCAGGUGUGCAGACAUGCCAGACGUUGUGUUCGCACAGAUGGAUGCCACGCAAAAUGAGGUAGAAGGACAGUAUAUCCGAUGCUAUCCCACCAUCAAGUGUUUCCGCAAGGGAGACAAUAAAGAGGUUCAGUUUUGUGAGGAACGCACAGUUGAGAAACUUAUGCAAUUCGUCCUCACCAACAGCCAAAUCAGUUGGCUUGAAUCCGCGAUGGUUCAGGGCACAUGA